AGCACAGUGACUAGGGUGACGAGGAAGGUAUCUCACCUUCAAGACAUGAAGCAUCUACUGACUGCACUCGUGGUUGUGCUGAGUGCCGCCCUGCCCGGUGAGCAGAUCCUGGGAUCGGCAGCCGGAGCCGGCUGCAGCCGCCGCUACCUGAGGCGGAUCAAUGGCAAGUGCUAUUACUUUUCCGUGAAGAAGAUGAACUGGCAUGGGGCGCUGAACAAUUGCCUGCGCAAGGGCCUGACUCUGGCCGAUCUGAGCAACCCAAGAGAUUUCUAUGGAGCCAUCGGCUUCCUCAGCUCCAAGGGCAACACGGAGGACUUCUGGUUCGGGGGCAACGAUCUGCAGCACGAGGGCCGCUUCCAGUACAUCAGCAACGGGCGCCUGGUGCGCUUCUUCAGCAACUACAGCAUUGUGGAGCCCGCGGAGCACUCUGAGUGCGAUGAUUGCCUCGAGGUGCGCAUCCGCUCCAACAUGACGGUGGUGGCCGAUGACAACUGCCUCGAGCGGCAGUAUUUUAUCUGCUCGGAGCGCUACUGUGACGACUCCGGUGCCGCCGCCAAGCCCAAGCAUCACAGCCACGAGCAUCUGCAUCACUUCCACCACGACAUUGGAGACAGCGACGGCGACGAGAAGGAAGUCAACGAUGCCCCGCACCUUACCAGCGGGUCGGUAGAGCAUGAAGGCAGCGAGUCGGAGGGUGCCGUAGAGUUUGCCGAUCUGCCCGACGAGCUCAAUGCAAAAACGUCAACCACGCAGAUGAUGGCGCAGAUGGAUGGGAUGCUGACUACAGAUAUGGGACCUCCGCCAAGCGACUUGCCUCCAACAACAGUCAAAGAUGAAGAUGAAGAUGAAGAAGGAUCCUCCGACGAAGAAAAAUCGUCUACGGAAAACAGUCAACGGAAAUUGGGUUCUUCAGAUGAAACAGGCGAAGACGAGGAACGGCCACCUGGUGAUGGACUUGGCACACCAACACCGCCGCCAGAAGGAGAAGGAUCUACGCCAGCAGGGACAGAAGGAGACGGAGAAACUAAAUCCGGUGAAGGUGGAGUAACUACAGCGGGAGAAGGUGGAAGAACUGCAGGCGCUGAAGGUGAAGAAACCACAGGGGCAGAAGGUGUGGAAACUACUGCAGGAGAGGGUGGAGUUACUACGGCAGGAGAGGGUGGAGUUACUACGGCAGGAGAAGGUGCAACAACUGCAGGUGGAGAAGAUGGGGCAACCACUACGGGAGAAGUAGGAGGAACUCCAGCCGGAAAAGUGGAAGGAGCUGCAGCCGGGGGAGGAGCUGCAGCUGGAAAAGGCGAAAAAAAUGCUGCAGGUGAAGGUGGAGAAACUCCUGCUGCUGAAGGCGAAACUACGGCAGCGGCUGAGGGCGGAGCCACGACAGCGGCACCCGAGGGUGAAGCCACGACAGCGGCGGCCGAAGGGGAAACGGGAGCAGCACGAGCACCCCGGGCAAACGGAGUACCUCGAUCGCAGCGAGCUGCACAAACACCCCUAGCAGCAAUACACCACUUAAUCUAAUGCAAAAUCCAGUUCUGUUUCUAUUAAAUCAUUCUUCAAUAAAAUACAAAAUCCUUGAGCCAAA